UCGCGCGGCAGCGGCAGGCGGGCCAAUGGGGAGCCGCGCUCGCCGGAAGGGGCCGCAAAGCGCGGGCGCGGCGGCACGUGUGAGGCGAGCGGCAGGGGCGGCGGUACGCGUGUUGCCACAAUGGAAACAAAGGGUAAAAAGAAGUUUGUGGGGAGGAGUGGAAAAGCAUCUCGUGGAAAAGUGCCACACGGGAAAAGGAAAUAUAAAAAAGAUAACGUAGAUUCAGGUCUGCCAAAGAAAUUCCUUAACAAAGGAGAUGAGGAGAGAAAGCCUAAAUCCAUUUCCACAAAAUUUGUGAAAGGACAGUUAAGACCUGGAAAAGCCGGUGUCAAACAAUUCAAGAAUGAACAGCUAUCAGAAAAGCUUGUAAAGAAGAGGAAGCUCCAGGAUGGUGAAGAGGGAGUUUCUAAGAAGCCAAAAUGGAAUGACUUCAAAAAGCAAAGGAAGGAGUUAAAACAAACCAGACAACUUAAUGAUAAAAGCAAUUAUGACAUAAUUGUAAAAUCAAAGCAAAUAUGGGAAAGCGUGAGAAGGAAGAAAUGUGAUAAAGAGAAGCGAGGAAAGCUAAUGAAUGAGCUACAGACGCUUCUUCAUGGAAAAAUUAAAAGUCUGGCAUUUGCACAUGAUUCAACUCGAGUGAUCCAGUGCUUUAUUCAGUAUGGUAAUGAGAAGCAAAGGCAAGAGACAUUCGAAGAACUGAAAGAUAGCCUAGUAGAGUUGAGCAAGUCAAAAUAUUCCAGAAAUAUUGUGAAGAAGUUUCUUAUGUAUGGGACAAAACCACAAGUUGCAGAAAUAAUAAGAAGUUUUAAAGGCCAUGUGAAAAAAAUGCUCCGUCAUGCUGAAGCAUCUGCUGUAGUGGAAUAUGCAUAUAAUGACAAAGCCAUUCUGGAGCAGAGACACAUGCUGACAGAAGAACUAUAUGGUAACACUUUCCAGGUUUACAAGACACCAGUUAUCCCAACACUGGAUAAAGUGGUAGACGCUCACCCUGAAAAGAGAGAGGCCAUCUUGGAUGAAAUGAAACAGAUUCUUACCCCAAUGGCACAAAAAGAGGCUGUGAUAAAGCACUCACUGGUGCAUAAAGUGUUUUUGGACUUUUUCACUUAUGCUCUUCCAAAACAAAUAUCUGAAAUGAUAGAAGCUAUCAGAGAAGCUGUCAUCUACCUGGCACACACUCAUGAUGGAGCCCGAGUAGCAAUGCACUGCUUAUGGCAUGGUACUCCCAAGGACCGAAAAGUCAUUGUGAAAACUAUGAAGACAUAUAUUGAAAAAAUAGCAAUGGGUGAAUUUUCUCAUCUGGUAUUGCUGGCAGCAUUUGAUUGCAUCGAUGACACUAAACUUGUGAAACAGUUAAUUAUAUCAGAAAUAAAUGCUGCUUUGCCCAAUAUAAUAAACAACAAAUAUGGGAAGAAGGUCUUGUUGUACUUGUUAAGUCCUAGAGACCCUGCACAUUUUGUUCCAGAAAUCAUCACACUUCUGCAGCAGGGAGAUGGAAAUGCCUAUAGUAAGAAGAAUACUGAACUCCGCCGCCGUGAACUUCUGGAAGCUAUUUCCUCACCUUUGCUAGAAUAUUUGCAAGAACAUACCCAAGAAGUAGUGACAGACAAAGCUACCUUUGUCUUGGUUGCUGACAUCUUAAGAACAGCUCUUGGUGACAUCCAGCCGGCACUAGAUGCAAUUGCUAGUUUAGCAGCAGAGGAGCUGGUUCCAGGCGGCUGUGAUGGGCAGCUUCACAUUGCAGAGCAUCCAGCAGGCCAUCUAGUUUUGAAAUGGUUAAUAGAGCAAGAUGAAAAAAUGAGAGAGUGUGGAAAAGAAGUUUGCUUUGGAAGAACGUUGGUGGAACGUGUUGGUAUUGAGAAUAUGAAGACCUGGGCAGGAGUAAAUCGAGGUGCCAUUAUUCUUUGUUGCCUUCUCCGGAGCAGUGAUCAGAAAGUGGCAAAUACAGUCAAAAAAGGACUGCAAAAACUUGUCCCGAAGUUGAAGCUAAAUAAAAAUGUAAAAGGAAUAGAAGCAUUACUGGAGAAAUUGACUUCCUAGUGUAAAUGAAGAUAAAAAGACAGUUUACAUCAGUGCAACCAACUGAGAGUUGGUAAGAUUUUGCACCAUGGUUGUUUUAAGAAGCAGUGUAUGCAUUUGUAAAUUAAAUAAUUUCUAAAACAA